UACGGCCCUCAUUUUUCUAUUAGGAAAUUUUUCAUUUAUCUUAGAAGCUUAUCUUUGGUGCGGUGGCCAUGGUACUGUGUACAUUUUGGGGUGAUCCUGGAUGGCAUGGAUUUGAAUCGUGUUGCCAAUUCAAUGCAUGUGCAAACAGCGGCCAGUCCAGUUGAUACACUAGUAGCGAGUGUCAACGAGGAAGUUCCGGCAUCACCUUCUCAGUUCCCUUCAUCUCCGACAUCAGCUGUGAUACAAGAGCAGUCCAUUAGCAACUCCCCAACCUUUAAUGCAUCUCCACUGGAUACAACCCCACUUUCUGCACACAAGGAGAAUAUUCCUCUCUCUAAUCAUGUGAAUAAUAGGGUCGAAUCUAUUCCAAAUGGUCAUGACAAAUCGGUGUCACCAACACGUGUAGGAGAGAUGGAAGGAGAGUCCAGGAAAAGAAAAUACCCAAGUGAUAAGGCUUAUUUUAUUGCCAAGGAAAUCUUAACCACAGAAAGAACUUAUAAAAAAGAUCUUGAAGUAAUCAACUUAUGGCUACGAGAAGAGGUUGGGAAAGAGGAAGGAAUGCCAAGUGAUGUUCUUUCUCAACUAUUUCAACUAAUCGACCCCAUUUAUGAGUUCCAUACACAGUUUCUUAAAGAGCUUGAUAGCCGACUUGCACAAUG